GGCUGAAUUAGUCCAGACUGCAGAUCAGGGCAGGGAAUACGGACGCCCGGCGUGGACGCUAAGUACGCUAGGUUGUUGGCAUGGUGUUACAAAACCAGGAUACCCAUGAUUGUUGCUGUGCCAACCAUUUUGGUUUGGAUAUCUCUGAUCAAUUUACUGGUGCGAUCCAGAUCAACACGGCUCGUUUCAAGGGACGCAUCAUCCUAGUCGUCAAUCCACGAACGCCCGUCGUGGAUUGAUUAUUGAUCUUGGAUUGCAGUCUGGACUAAUAGUCCAAAUGGUCUGGACUAUUGCGAGCGCUGAA